AUAUAUUUUACACAAAUUACCCUGGUUUUAUAUAUUUUUAAAUAAAUAGUUCAGAAGUAAUCUACAUUCAUGAUUAUGUGAAAUGGAACGCAAUUUGUUUAAUUAUGUCAUUGUUAUUUUUUAUCUGUUACGAUAGCCGACAACCGGCUAAAGUAUUUAGGUAUUCUGAUUUAAAUCGUCGACAAUUUGUUUUUAAAAUAACUUUUAUAAGUUCGUUGCGGCAUUUUUGGCGGGAAGACGUGUAUAAGAAAUAAUAAUGUAUCGACAUUAUCUAUAAGACAAAUUAUACAACCUUAUCGAGACAUAGAUAAAAAAAUAAUUAGUUGCCGUGAGGGAAUACUGUUAUAGGUCAUACUAAUUUAUAUGCGCAAUGAUUCCUGAGGCUCUAAAGCAGCGGCUGGUGACAUGGCUGGAGGAGCACCGCGAGCUGGUGGUACUGGUGUUCUGUCUACCGGCCAGCUUCCUCUUCACCCUGCUGCUGAGAGCAAGGGCUUGGCUGCGGAGUCUGGGCACCGGCCCCGACCAUGACACCGCCGUCAGAGAGAUACAGAGAAGGGUACAAGAGUGGAACAAGAUGGCGGUGAAGGAGCGACGUCUCCUGUGCACCGCGAGACCGAACUGGCUGUCUCUGUCGACGACGUUUUUCCAGAAGCACCUGCACCACCGCGUGCCGGUGCCGCUGUACGAUAUCCUCGAGCUGGACGAGUGCGCCAUGACCGUCCGCGUCGCGCCCAUGGUCACCAUAGGAGACAUCACAGAGUAUCUCAUACCGAAGGGGUACUCUUUGGCGGUGACUAUAGAGCUGGUGGACGCCACCUUAGGAGGUCUCGCGAUGGGCACGGGCAUGUCGACACACUCGCACAAGGCGGGGCUGUACCACGAGACCGUCACCAGCUACGAGGUGGUGCUGGCCGACGGCUCCCUGGUCACCGCCACCGCCACCAACGAGCACGCGGACCUGUACAGGGCGCUGCCCUGGUCGCACGGCAGCCUCGGCUUCUUAGUCGCAUUGACCUUGAGGAUCGUCAAGGUCAAACCAUAUAUUAAGUUGAAGUAUACCCCAGUCAGGGGCCAGAAGACCUACUGCGACAUGAUCAGAGAUCUAUCUGGGGCUAAUUCGGCAAACCCUGCGGUGCACCCAGACUACAUUGAAGGUACUAUAUUUAGCAAGGACAGCGCUGUCAUCAUGACCGGUGACUACUCGGAGUACGAGCCGCAAAUCCCAGUGAACCGCUGCUCGAGGUGGUACAAGCCCUGGUUCUACAAACACGUGGAAUCGUUCCUCACUAAGGGAGAAGGUGUCGAGCUGAUACCCCUGCGCGACUACCUGCUGAGGCACAACCGAGCUAUCUUCUGGGUGGUCGAGGACAUGCUGUCGUUCGGCAACGAUCCCGUCUUCAGAACAUUAUUCGGCUGGCUGCUGCCUCCGAAGCCGGCCUUCCUCAAGUUCACCACGACUCCCGGAGUGCGCGCCUACACCUUCACCAAGCAGGUGUUCCAAGAUAUAGUUCUACCUAUAACCGAGCUGGAGAAGCAGAUCGAGGUGGCCAGCGUGUUGUUUGAGAAAUUUCCAUUGUUGGUGUACCCGUGCAAAAUUAUCGAUCACGGUCCAUCGUCGGGUCAACUCAAACAUCCCGAUAAGAAAUACCUGGUACCGGGUACAAGUUACGCGAUGUACAAUGAUCUAGGAGUGUACGGUGUACCUGGUAAAGUGAAAGAGAAGAAGUCUUACAACCCCGUAACCGCAAUGAGGGAAAUGGAGAAGUUCACCAGAGAAGUGGGAGGUUACUCGUUCCUGUACGCAGACAUCUUCAUGACUAGAGAAGAAUUUGAGGAAAUGUUCGAUCUGACGCUGUACGAGGAAGUGAGGAAGAAGUACAAAGCGGAGGGCGCGUUCCCACAUCUGUAUGAUAAAGUGAAACCGGAGCUGGAUGUGUUCAGUAUCGGGGAGCAGAAUGCAACAUAACAUUUCUAAUUUUAAAAUACAUUAAUAUAAGUAAAAGCACAAUAAG